GUGCAUGAGGAAGUGGUCCUUGGUGCAGCUAGUUGGUGAGGACUGUAUAGAAACUCUCCCGAAUUUCAGAUGAAAAAUAGCCAAGAAACAGUGAGAAGAAACAGCACGACAAUCACUGGAUUCAUUCUCCUCAGUUUUUCUGACAUUCCCAGUAUGCAGCAUUUAUUUUUUUCGGUGUUUCUGGUCACCUACAUAGUCACCUUGGCUGGAAACCUGCUAAUCAUUGUCCUCACAUUGGCUGACCCAGCCCUUCAUACCCCCAUGUACUUCUUCCUCAGGAACCUGUCCUUCCUGGAGAUGUGCUACACAUCAGUCAAUGUCCCCAAGAUGCUUGGAAAUCUGUUCUCUGGGGAUAAAGCCAUCUCUUUCAUUGGCUGUGCUAUGCAAACCUAUUUCUCUUUUUUCCUUGGUGGGUCAGAGUGUUUUCUCUUGGCAUUCAUGGCCUACGACCGCUAUGUUGCAAUAUGCAAGCCUCUGCAUUACCCAGUGGUUAUGAACAGGAAGGUGUCCACUGGACUGGCUGCUGGAUCCUGGCUCAGUGGUUUCCUCAUGUCCUUUGGUCUCACCAGCAUGGUGUUCACCCUACCCUUCUGCAGAUCUCACGAGAUUAAUCAUUUCUUCUGUGACAUCCCUCCACUGCUUAAGCUGGCGUGUGGAGACACCUCCCGCAAUGAAAUGGCUGUCUUCAUGGUGGCUAUGUCCUUUGUCACCUUUCCCUUCAUGCUGAUCCUCAUGUCCUACGUCUGCAUCAUCUCCACCAUCCUGAGGAUGCCAUCCGGGGAGGGCAGGAAGAAAUCCUUCUCCACCUGCUCCUCACACCUCGUUGUGGUAACAACGUUCUAUGGCUCCGCUUGCAUUAUGUAUCUGAAGCCCAAUUCCUCCUACUCACCAGACACAGACAAGUUUCUCUCUCUGUCCUACACGGUCAUCACGCCCAUGUUAAACCCCAUCAUCUACAGCCUGAGGAACAAAGAGGUGAAGGGAGCAUUCUGGAGAAUGGUGCGGAGAAGAAGGUUCCAUUGA